AUAGAAAUGCUGAAGAUGGCAAAAUGUGGGAAGCAUUGUGAGUGCAAUGGAAACUGCAAUGAGCUUGGUGCUGCUGGGCUUGCCUUUCACGGCUCCACUCCUGAACAUGGGGAAUGCAGUCUUCUAGGGUAUUUAAGAAAGAGAAGGUCAUAUCAGAAGUCUGUGCAUUGGGGAAGGCUUGCCUGGCAAUGUACAAAGAUAAACCCAAAUGAAAUUGAAAGAUUUUCAGAUUUCCCAUUGUCAAAGAAAACACUGAAAGGUUUGCAAGAAGCCCAGUAUCGCAUGGUAACUGAAAUACAGAGGCAGACGAUAGGCUUGUCUUUGCAAGGUAAAGAUGUUCUUGGAGCCGCAAAGACUGGAUCAGGAAAAACCUUGGCUUUUAUUAUCCCAGCUUUGGAAAAGCUAUAUUGCCGACAAUGGACAUCAAUGGAUGGCUUGGGAGUUCUGAUAAUAUCUCCUACGAGGGAACUGGCAUACCAGACCUUUGAGGUUCUGCGUAAAGUGGGGAAGAAUCAUGACUUUUCAGCUGGCCUUAUCAUUGGUGGAAAGGAUCUGAAACAAGAGGCCAACAAAAUCCAUCAUUUAAAUAUACUUAUUUGCACACCAGGUCGGCUUCUACAGCAUAUGGAUGAAACUUCGUAUUUCCAUGCAUCUGAUCUCCAAAUGUUGAUUCUUGAUGAAGCUGAUAGAAUCUUGGAUAUGGGCUUUGCAGAUACUAUGAAUGCAAUUAUAGAAAAUCUUCCUAAGAAACGCCAGACGUUGCUUUUUUCAGCGACUCAAACCAAAUCAGUGAAGGAUCUUGCACGACUGAGUUUAAAAGAUCCAGAAUAUGUUUGGGUUCAUGAAAAAGCAAAAUUCAGUACCCCGGCAACUUUGGACCAGAAUUAUACUGUUUGUGAGCUGCAGCAAAAGAUAAACAUGUUGUAUUCCUUCCUGAGAAGUCAUUUAAAGAAGAAGAGCAUUGUGUUUUUUUCAAGUUGUAAAGAGGUUCAGUAUUUGUUCAGAGUGUUCUGUAGGCUCCGCCCUGGCAUAUCUGUACUGGCCCUCUAUGGCAAACAAAAACAGAUGAAAAGAAUGGAGGUCUAUAAUGACUUUGUUCGCAAGAAAUCGGCAGUGCUCUUUGCUACAGAUAUUGCAGCUCGAGGGCUGGAUUUUCCUGCGGUGAACUGGGUCAUUCAGUUUGAUUGUCCGGAGGAUGCAAGUACAUACAUUCAUAGAGUGGGAAGAACAGCCAGGUACAAAGAAGGUGGUGAAGCUUUGUUAAUACUACUUCCCUCUGAAGAAAAAGGCAUGGUUCACCAGCUGUCUCAGAGAAAAGUACCUGUCAAGGAAAUAAAAAUCAACCCUGAAAAGCUUAUAGAUGUCCAAAAGAAGAUGCAGGCAUUUUUAGCUCAAGAACAAGAAUUAAAGGAAAGGGCUCAACGGUGUUUUGUAUCCUACUUGCGUUCAGUCUACCUAAUGAAGAAUAAAGAAGUGUUUGAUGUCUUUAAGUUACCUUUAGCAGAAUAUGCACACUCCCUUGGCCUUGCAGUUGCACCUCGGGUAAGAUUUCUUCAAAAAGCCCAGAAACAAUUGUCUGUGAAUGAGUCAUUGGAUGGAAAAAGCCACUUAAGUGGGACAGAGCAGUGUGAAGAUACAAGUUCCUUAGUAAGUGAUGAAGAGGUGGAGGAAAGCAGAACUGAUUUUAAUGAAAAGUUGUCUACUCUUCAAAGAAUCAAAGGAGAGGGAAAAAAAGAAACAGAGGAAGAUCUCCUCAGUAAAGUGAUUGGCAAAGAGGGCAUUAAGUCAGAGGAACUCUAUGAAGAGGAAGAAGUUUCUUCAAUAAAUAAGAUUCCAAAGGCAGACUCCAUUAAUUUCUUUGAGGAGGAGGACGACGACGACGACGACUUUAGAGAGCUUGAUUUGCUGACUGUGAAACGACAGGACGUUUUUGGUUUGGAAGCUAAAGAUCAUGCAGUAUCGGAUACCUCCAAUUCAAAGUUGAACAAGAAAACAACUAAAAUUAAAGAAGCAAAAAAAGUAUUGAAGAGGAAAUUUAAAGUCAACACAAAAAUUGUCUUCACUGAAGAUGGAGAGUUUGUUCAGCAGUGGCCGCCAGCACAAAAAUCCACUGUGGACCAAGUAGAAAAGGAAGAUGAUUCUGGUGGCAUCAACCUAGAUAAAGCAAAGGAAAGAUUGCAAGAAGAGGACAAAUUUGACAAAGAGGCAUACAGGAAGAAAAUUAAAGAAAGACAUAGGGAGAAAAGGCUGAGAGAAAAGGAAGCAAGAAGAGAAGCUCGGAGGAAAAGUAAGAAGGUUGAAGAGGAAGCUGAGGCCUUUCUGGAUUACAGUGGAAGUGAAGAGGAAUUUGACCCAGCUACCCUUCCAGAUCCUGAUAAAUACAGAGACUCUGACCAAGAGGAUGAUCUGGAUGCGGAAGAUGGCUAUGGUGAGCUUGAGGAGAAGAAUGGAAGAAGGAAAAGAAGCAACAGCAGAGAUCCAGCAGAAGAAAUGCCACUGAGAAGGAAAAAGGCUAAACUCAGUGAUGAAGACUCUUUUGUGCCGUUAGAUACGGGGCUUUCUCUGGCAGAGGAUGAAGAGCUCGUACUGCAUCUGCUUAACAGUCAUAGAUAAUUAUUUUCCCCAAGGUUUUUUUUUUAAGUCAUUUUUGCCCUUAUGUCUGAAUUCUGCAUAAAAUCAAUCUGGCAUCAGGGCAGAUGGGUAUCUGUGGACAGUGAUAAAUGAGUUUCAUGUACAAUGGUUUUGCCUGAGAUCAGAUAGUCAGUUACGUACAAGAUUUUUAUUUUUCAUGGUGUAUCUGUGGGGUGGUUAGGUUUGGAUUAUAAAGAUUUCCCAUCCAAUUUUCCACUCUAAAUUCCCAGAUAGUAUUUUGUUAGUAGCACAUUUAUAAUUGAAAAGCUUCAACUUUGAAGUAUUUGAUGUAUUUUUUUUUUAAUAAAAAGUAAGGUUGCUUCAAAUACAAAA